CCGAUGUUGCCAACUUGAUGACUGCUGGUGUCGAAAAUGGUUUCAUUACUUUAACGUGGCAGCGACCGCGUGGUCGGUUCGACUACUAUUCCAUUGCAGUCACUGGGAACCUCCCUGGCAGCAAGAAUAAUGACAAACAGAUGCUAGGUCUAUGCGCCAAUGGCACCAUCAUUCGCCCUGAGCAGACGCAAGUAACUUGCGGACCAUUUAAGCCUUGCACAUUUUUGUCCUGCACCGUGCACACUCAUUUGAACGGGCCACCGGAGCUCAUGUCAUCUGGAGUGUCAGUCAAAGACAUCGUCAUACCUGGCCAAGAACCACCUCAACCAAAGAACGUAAAAAUGGUCCCGAAGUCUUCGUCACUGACACAAUUGCUGUGGGACUAUCAUGACAGCGUGACAUAUGGUGUCAAGUCCUAUAUUGUCCAGAUAUGUCGAACGUUCCAGGCGUGUGGCCCAAUGGAAAUCUUGGCUGAUUGCGAGCAACAAGAGACCUCCCAGGCGUGGGUAACAUUCAACAGCACUGCCGAUACCCUGUACUGCAUACUGGUCACGGAAAAAAGAACUUGCGGAGUCCACAAAUUCGAGAGCCAGCCAGCAGUAGCGGAGUUACGGACACCAAUCUUUGAACUUCCUGAUGUUUCCAACUUGACGGCUGAUGUAAGAAAUGGCUACAUUACGUUAACGUGGAACCGCCCACCAAGUCGAUUUGACUAUUAUUCUAUCGAAGCCUUUGACAAUGACGUCAGCAACAAAAAGAUUGACAAGCGCACGCUGGGUCUAUGCGCCAACGGCACCAUCGUACACCGUGACCAGACGCAAGUUACCUGCGGACCAUUUGAGCCUUGCACAAAGUUGUCCUGCACUGUGCGCACUCACCUGAGUGGCCAGCCAGAGCGGAUAUCUUCUGGAGUGACUGUGAACAAUAUCUUCAUACCUGCGGAAGUACCUCAUCCACCGAGGAACAUAUCUUUGGUAGCGAAAUCAAAAUCCCUGACCCAAGUGCACUGGAACCAUCCCGAUGAAAUGGCUGCCGUAAUAGAGUCAUAUAACAUCAAGGUAUGUAGAACGUUCAGGACAUGUGGCCAAGUGGGAAACUUCAGUGAUUGCGAGGAGCACGAGACGCAACAGCCAUCGGUAACAUUGAACACCACUGAAGAUACGCCAUACUGCAUACUGGUUACCGCAAAAGCACGGUGUGGAAUCGACGAAAUAAAUAGUCGGCCGAUGGUCACGGAACUGCGGACCCGAAUUUUCGAUCUCCCAGAAGUGACGAACCUUCACAUCGUGAGUGUCGGGGCGGAUUUCUUCACUGCUGCAUGGGAAAAACCCAAGGUCAACUUUGACUACUACUGGAUUGAAGUCACCAGCGCCAACAACAGCAGGCCUAAUAUAUCACAGGAUGUGGUAGGGUCAUGUGUUAACGGCACAAUAAUACGCCCAGACCAGACCCAAGUCACUUGUAGUCGUUUAGAACCUUGCGUAAACGUUGUCUUCAAGGUGCGGACACAUAUCAGUAAACCAUCUGCGCGCACUUCCCCUGGUGUCGCAUUGACGGACUUUUUCAUUCCAGGCAAAGUUCACGUGAAGAACCUUACCGUGAGCUUCAUCGGGGACGACAACUUUACCCUGACUUGGCAGAAAGGGGGAAGCUGCUUGGAAUACUACACUGUCAAGGUCACCGACAACAGCGAUGGAGACAACGGCAACGCAAGCAACGGCUUAGUGUCCUGCAACAAUGGAGCCGUGAUUACCUCGAGCCAAACAAGUGUCACAUGCGAUCAGCCGCUGACGUGCGCUAACGUGACCAUCACAGUGAAACCGCAUGUGAAAGGACUGCCGGAUAGCCCCUCAAAUGAAGAGACGCUACCCGGAGUUUACCUGUCUGGAAAAACUCCUCCCCCUGUGACCGACUUGAAGCUAGUGAAAAUCACGCACAGCUACUUCACAGUGACCUACAGGGCUCCGAAGAAAUGCUAUGCCGAUUUCCAACAUACCAUUCGGCCUUCGACUACCCGUGCGAGAGCUAGGAUUGGUGACUGUCACCUGAAGAGGGCGAUCAAUCGUAUUACAGCGACGUGCCUAAUUGGUGCCUGUGGAAAGGUCAACAUCGCAGUACAAACGAAGGCCAUCGCACCGUCGAGACGUGUCUCUGCUUGGGCCAGGUUAACGGCACUUGACACCAAGCGGAAGUGCCUCCAAUACCACCGCGUUUAGCAGGGAUAUCCGGGGUGAAUACGGCUGCCGUGGGUCUCAUUCAUGUUUUCGCAGAAUACAGCGGAUUUCAGAACUGCAACA